AUGACAAAUGGCACGCCAGCUAGAGACCCUCGCAGAUUGGCUCAAGCACACAGCGAGCGCGCCUGGCCGUCUCGAGCUGCCCCGCACCUUCAACUGGACCGCGUUGUUCCGUUCUGGAUAUUGACAUCUGCUGUCUACCACCAUCCCAUUUCGAUCAACUAUACAAAGAUGCGUGCCAUGCUCCCCGCACUCCAGCAGCCCUUGAGGCUUUCCAUGGCUGCGCGCAACCCGCAGCUCCGCAUGAUCGCAGGCGGCUCGCGCGCGUUCCAGACCACCCCCACCGGCAAGGUUGCCGCCUCCAGCCAAGGACACGGCUCUUGCGGUGCGCAGAUGCGAGCAGAUGGACUUUUGGGCGCUUCGUCAGGCGCAAGGGGCGGCAGGCACGACGACGACGAUGGAUUUGAGGACGUGCUCUUCUCUCGAGGCAUAGUGGCUCGCACAGGAUCAUUGGCAGUCGGACGAAGCACGUCGACGUUUAUCGUCCUGAUGCAAGUCAUGGCGGUGUUAUCGACGUCUCUCGCACGCCUGUCCAACUCCUACGUCAAGGGCACCGUCAACGACCCUACCCCUUUCCCCGAGCCCAACGCUGCUCACGGCUCGAACCACUGGGCGUUUGAGCGUGGGCUCUCGGUUGCGCUGAUCCCGCUUGUUGCAGCAGGAUUCGCCAAGCACGGCUCGUCGGCCAUCCUCGACGGCGCGCUUGCGCUCACGCUCGUUGUGCACUCGCACAUCGGCUUCGACUGCAUCCUCGCUGACUACCUCCACAAGCGCAAGUUCCCCAUCGCCGGUCCGCUCUCCACCUGGACGCUCCGUGCGGCCACCCUCGCGACGCUCUACGGUCUCUACGAGUUCAACACCAACGAUGUCGGACUCACCGAGCUCAUCGCCAAGGUCUGGACUGCCUGA